GUGUUGCUCUAUAAAUACGAAGACAAAGAAGAUGAGUUAGAAUUUGAAGGUGGAAAAAAGGGAAAGAAAAAGAAAAGAGAGGAUCAAUGUUGAUAAAAAGAAUAGAGCUCUGUAUAGAGAUAGUGAAGAAAACAAUGGAUUUUGCGGUAGUGGUGGCUGACGCCGCGAAAGUCUUCUUGAGGAACGCUCCUCAGGCUCCUCCCGCUCUCCUCCGCCAAGGCCCCUACUAUUACUCCGCCUCGACCCCUCGCCCUUCCCCUUACAUGAUUGGCUAUCUUCCAUGAGAUUAUAAUUCUUUAUGAGAUUUCUGUAAAUUAAUUACUUGGUUAAAAAAUUAAUGUAAAUUAUAUGCUUUCUUUGUUUUUUUCAACAUGUAUUAUACGGAUUGAAACCUGGUCGGGGAUGUUGCACCGGCUCUAAUCCCACAAACCGGAAGCUACAUAUCCAAGUUAUCUUAAAAAAAAAGAGGAAUGCUGGAAUCAGUUCAAGAAAGGGAAAUGCCAAAACACUUAAUUGGAGGGAGGCCUACACUGUUAUCUAAACAGCUGUUUUAGUAUUUGAAAGGAGACCUUCCCAGAUUCUGGAAUGCUUGGAAAAUAAGUAAUUUGUGGAGCUGUAAUUGUAGUUUGAGCAUGUUAAUCCAGAUUCAACGGAUCAGAUGCAAACACGUGUUAGUAGUAGCGACAUCUACGGACAUCUAGUCAUGUUACGUGAUCCACAAUUUUAUAAGAGGUUAUUCCUUUCCUUUAUCUUUGCAAUAAACAAAAGCUGACUGCGAGCUGCAGGCGGGGUUGGACGGCGAAACGAAUCUCUG